UAUUAAACAUUUUGAACUAGAAAAAUGUUACUGGUGAAAAUGUUAAUAGUAUUUAUACUUUAUAUGCAACAGAAUUGUUAUGGUAAAACCCAAUUUGCCCAAACAAAAAUUAUUAAUGGCACUGAAGUUAAUUGGUCUGGAACAAAGUACCAAGUUUCCUUACGUUUGAAAUUUAAUGACUGGUUUUUCGGUGCCGGCCAUAUAUGUGGUGGAACAUUAAUCAGUACAAAAGCUAUACUUACAGCAGCACAUUGUAUGUUGGAUUCCAACAAAAAUUUGCGAGAUGCAGCAGUUUUUUUGGUAGUUAUGGGUAAUUUAAAUAAAUAUCAGCAAAACCAAAAUACACUUAUUUACAAUGUCACUAACUUCACUGUACAUGAAAAUUUUAAUGACACCACUUAUGAAGCAGAUAUAGCUAUUUUGUAUAUAGAUCGAGAGGUUCCAGUAAAUGACAAACUUGUACAACCCAUAGCGUUAAAUGAACAAAGCAAUUUAUUGGACGGUAUUAAUUGCAUAGUCACUGGUUGGGGUAAAACAGAAACGGGUUCUUAUGCGUCACAGUUAAUGGGUGUAGAAGUAGAAAUUAUUGAUCGAAACCUUUGUUCUCUCAAUUACGGUCCCUUAAUACGUGAAGACAUGAUCUGUGCUGGUUACAUGAAUGGUGAACGAGAUGCUUGCUUUGGUGAUUCUGGUGGACCUUUAGUUUGUGAUAAUAAACUAACUGGUGUGGUUUCAUUUGGUUCAGGUUGUGCAGAACCUGGUUAUCCAGGUGUUUACAUAAAUGUUGCUACUUAUUUUCAUUGGAUAAAUGAAAAAAUGAAUGUGUGGCCUAAUUAUACAGCUCAUAUAGGCGAAACAAUAGAUUAUGAGACAGUAAGUGGGGUCAAAAAUUUAUUAGCUAAUUUGAGCCUAUACUAUAUAAUUAUGUUUCUUAUUUUUGUAAUUGAAUAAAUAUAUAGUUUUUUGUAUAUAUAGUUGGAAUAUGUGAGUCUAUAUACUA